AUUUGAGAUCCGUUUGAGGCAUCCGUCUAAGUCGGGUUUUUUCUGAGUGGGAGUGCGCUCGAGACGUACGAGGGGGGUUUGGAUGCUCUAACCUAGCUGCAGUCCAUUUGUGUUUCUGUACCAUCACAAGCAAAUCCAACGGCCCAUAUUUCUCCAUCUCUCUCUUUCAUCGCUUUUCUCCAGUCCUCUCUCAGCCCCCUACUGCCCGAAAUCCAGCAGCGACCGCCGGCGCAUCUCACCCCGGGCCGAGACCGACGAAUCCCCAAGGAAGCCGGAGAUGCAGCAGGGCGAUGGCACGGAGGCGCAGGUGACGUGGGACGACCAGCAGAACAUCAACCGGUUCGGCCGCCUCAACAACCGCCUCCACGAGCUCGCGGACGAGAUCAGGCUCGCCAAGGAAGCAAACGAAAACCUUGAAGAUGCUGGGAAUGAACUCAUCUUGUCUGAUGAAGAUGUGGUGCGUUUCCAAAUUGGGGAAGUGUUUGCCCACAUGCCAGUGGAUGAUGUGGAAGCUAAGCUAGAGCAGAUGAAAGAGGAUGCAGCCAAGAAGCUGGAGAGGCUGGAGGAAGAGAAGGAAUCCAUCCUCACACAUAUGGCCGAGCUGAAGGAGAUCCUCUACGGGAAAUUUGGAAAGGCCAUCAACCUGGAGGAAGAUUGACGUCGAGAACCGGAGCUGCCUUUUUAAGUGUCGCAUCGUAUCCUGUUCUUGUUCAGGUGCUUUGUUAGCCUCGUUACAUUGUUUCUCAUGAUUCUGGCUAGUGUAAAAUGGUAGUUUUAAGUUCUAGAGGAUUGUUCCCCGUUAUGCAUUGGCAUGGUUGAUCUCAGUUGGACUCAAAUAGGUUCAGGCUGAUUGUCCAGCAGAAGCCAUGGGGUGUUUAUGCAAAUGGUCACUUCAGAUACCAAUGAGGGGACCUUUUACAAUGUUUUAAGCUAGUGAGAAUGGUUUGAACCUGCAUGAUUGUAUGAGAUGUAGUCAUUAGGCUUUACAUGGAAUUUUCUUCAGAUU